AUGUCCAAAGCUGGAGAAGGCUCCACUCGGAAACGCGCCCUCGAUUCCCCAGACCCCGGCCCAUCACGCAAAGCACCGAAGCUGUUCCCGCUCUUCGACAAGUCCAGCUCCGUCGAGAGCGCGUCCGCCUUCCGCUGGCUCUCCCCCGCCCUCGGGCCCAGGCGCUCCUGCCUGCAUGCCAUCAGCGGUGACCCGAAGCCGUCUGCCAAGGUCGCUGCCUUCGACCUCGAUGGCUGCCUCAUCCAGGGCACCUUUCCGAAGAAGGGCGCCCCGCCCAAGUUCGAGUGGUGGCGUCCCAUAGUCCCAAAGAAGCUCAAACAAGUCCACGAUGAAGGGUACUCCAUAGUGAUCCUCACGAACCAGGCUCUCCGUACGCAGGCCCAGAUAAACGACUGGAAGAAGAAAAUCCCUCUCAUCGCGACUGCCCUCGCGGACGUCCCCUUCCGCCUCUUCGCCGCAACCGAAAAGGAUGGCUAUCGGAAACCCAUCCCCGGCAUGUGGUACGAGCUCGAGCGCAUCUUUGCCCAGGACGGCGUCCACAUAGAUCUCGCUGCGUCCUUCUUCAUCGGCGACGCCGCUGGCCGCCCGAGCGACCACUCCUCCACCGACCGCAAGCUCGCGCUCAACAUCGGCAUCCCCUUCCAAACGCCAGAGGAGUACUUCCUCGGCCUCCCUGCGGCCAAGUACGUCAUACCUGGGUUCAACGUCUCCUCGCUUCCCGCAGACGCACCGCGCAUGGAGCCCGCAGACCCGCCGCUCCUCCCCGCGCCGUCGUCCCCGGAGCUCGUCGUCUUCGUGGGCUACCCUGCGCUCGGCAAGACGUCCUUCUUCCGCGCGCACUUUGCGGACGCGGGGUACGUGCAUGUCAACCAGGACACGCUCAAGACGCGCGACAAGUGCGUCAAGGCGGCCGAGCAGGCGCUCGCGGACGGGCAGAGCGUCGUCGUCGAUAACACCAACCGCGACAAGGCGACGCGCAAGUUCUACAUUGCGCUCGCGAAGAAGCACAACGUGCCCGCGAGGUGCAUCUACUUCGCGGGCUCGAUCGAGCUGGCGUGGCACAACAACCUGUUCCGCGCGUUCGCCCUCCCGCCCGCGCUCGCCGCAGCCGAGGCGCGAUGGGCGCAGCCCAAGCGCGAUCUGGUGCCGUAUGGCGCCUUUACGGGCUUUCGCGCGGACUUUGAGGAGCCGCAGGUUGAGGAGGGCUUUGCGGAGGUCCGGACGGUGAACUUCGUGUUCGAGGGCGACGAGGAGGCAAGGAGGCGAUGGGGGAUGUGGCUGCAGAUCGACGGGAAGUAGCUAGACGGCGGUAGGCUUCGUCGACUCUGUGGCACUUUGUAGUACACUGUGUAUCAUAUGUAGC